AUGGCUUUGGAUGAGCUACUUCACCAGAAAAAGCAUGAUAUAGAAAAACUGGACCCUCAUGGGAGAACCCCAUUAAUGUUAUGCAUUGUACUUGAUCAUUUGGAGUCUGCACGAGUUUUACUCCGCCAUGGUGCAAACGCUUGCGUUUCUACUAGUAAAUUCUGGACAGCUGCACAGGAGGCCAUUGCAACAGGAGACCCUGAACUUGUUAAACUAAUCUUGGUUCAUAGAGAUGCUCAGAUUGUCCGUCAUCAGGCUGCUAUAGUUGCAGAUUUACUACAGAAGCUCAGAGAAACCCCCGAUUUUUAUAUUGAAAUGAAAUGGGAGUUCACUAGUUGGCUACCACUUGUAUCGCGUAUGUGCCCAAGUGAUGUUUGUCGGGUAUGGAAAUGUGGAUCAAAUGUUAGAAUUGAUACGAAUCUACUGGGAUUUAAUGGCUCAGCAUCAUGGGUUCGUGGUCAUCUGAGCUAUAUGUUUAGAGCCGGAGAAUCUGGAGCAUAUAUGGAUGAAGUAAACCACACUGAUAGAACUAUUUAUCGGCAUAACGUAAAUUUACUUAGUCGGUCCGAUGGAAUGGAUAGCACACCAGGUGCCGGAAGUGGUGCCGGUGCUGCAGCUACUGCUGCUGCCCAACUCUUUGUACGUGAACCUUCGGAAAGUACUAUUGCAAACAAAUUAACUCAACCUAUUUUCGUUACAUAUUUGGAUACAGAUAAAAUAGAGUUUGAGAAAAGUAAAUCGGGAAUUUUAGGUUGGCGAUCUGAUCGUAAAGAAACUAUUAACAAUCAUCCUUGUCAAGUAUACUGUGCAUCGAAUGUACAAAUCAUCACAUUACGUCGUACAGAACAUUUAACUGAAGAAAAUCUACGUGAUCUUAAUCAACAGCAUAAUUCUAAUGAUAAUGAACAUGGUGGUGUUUGUGGUGUCAGUGGUGAUGACAUAGUAUUUCCAGGUGGUCGAGGCAAUUUACUAACAAAUCUACUACAAACAGCCGCAUCUGAAACUAAGACCAAAACUGAUUUAGCUGUUACGCAUGAAGCAGCAAGCUACAAUCCAAAUCAUAUAACAGCACAACAAUAUUUUUCACCUAAUAUUGGUACACAAAUUCAUUUAGAUGAUAUUGGUCGACCGAAAGCGAUGAUAACAAAAGUAAAGACAUUUAAAGCACGUUUAUGGAUAUGUCGUGAUUAUCCUUUAUCAUUGAAAGAUCAAAUUAUACCGAUUAUUGAUUUAAUGUCUGAAUAUAAUCCAUACUUUCACAAAUUGAAAGAAUUUCUUACUAAACAAUUGCCUAGUGGAUUUCCACUGAAAGUUGAAAUUCCGCUUUAUCAUGUCUUAAAUGCAUGCGUCUCAUUUGGCAAUUUACAUGGUCAAGAUAAUAGUGUGUAUGGCGUUUCUACAGUACCUAUUGGUAGUAAAGACUCUGGUCUGCAUCAUCCAUCAGAUUCAACAGAUCCACAUAAGAAAACGGAUAGUCCUACAACUAGUAAAUUUGCAUCUGAUAAUCAAACUGAUCAACCAUUACUUGAAUCUUCAACGGAAUCCAGUUCAUUACAACCACUUAAAUGUGUUAUUGAUGAAAGUGUAUUUGAUGUAGGCAAAGGAUAUCAUUUGAUAGUUGAGAAUUCACCUGGACACUAUGGAGCUUUGUAUGAUGAAGAGCAAAUGGUUCAAAUGGCUGUUCAACGAAGUUUAGUAGAAUAUGGAUCAUCGGAAAACUUGAUACAAAGAGAUUAUUCAUUGUCUAAACGAGGUAUAGUUGAGGCGAGAGCUGAUGAAUACGUUGAACCAGAAGAAGCUUGGAUGCAACAAGCAAUCGCAGCCAGUUUAAGUCUUGACGGUGCUGAAAUUCCUGUAACAAGUGCGGAUGCAGCAUAUAUGAAAGCUUUAGAAGAAUCUCGUAUUGAACAAGAACUUGAAGAAAAACGUCGCCGAGCUGAGGAUGAAGAAUUAGCACGUAUACUUGAAUUGUCAACCAAAGAAAAAUAACUGAUUAUCUUGUUCUGUUUUACAAAAUUUGAUAAAUCAUAUCUUUGUUCGUAUACGGUAUAUCCCUUUCGAAAACACUUACACGCAAAUACAUACUAGUGUCAAACUAUAACAAUAAUAAUGGAAGUCCAACAUUGCUUCAUCAUAUCACAUGUGAUAUAAAAACAAAA